AUGACAAGAGAUGAUGUGUUCUGUCUUGUAUCUCAAUCAACCAACCACGCCUCCUCCUCCUCCUCCUCUCCGCCCUCCCUACUCCUCUUGCAUAUCACAUAUACUGCAUCUUCCACUCUUCCUCCACUUUCGCCUUCACCACUAACCUCUUCCUCGCCUUAUCUUUCCCCUACGACUCCUCCCAUCCACCUGCCUCCACCACCACCACCACCACCACCACCACUCAUCACUUGA